AUGUCAGAAUCUGGAUAUUUUAACAUGGCCGAACCCACCUCGUCAGCUCCCGAAUAUGACCUCAUGGAAGACUCUGGAGUCGUUUUCGAGGAUGAAGAUAAUUACCCAGAUGAAACUCCUGGAGAACGUCUCGGCGCUAUCUUUGAAGAUGACGAAAACGCUCAUGAUGAGACUGAAAUAGUCUUCGAAGAGGAAGAGAGCACUCCAGUAGAAACGCCAGAAGACCGCCUCGCAGUGAAGAAAUUAGAUCUCAAGAAGUGCGCUGAAGACAUGGUUUCUGAACAUUCUGAAGCUGUGGCUCUUGCUGCAUUGGCAAAGAAAAUCGAAUCAGGGCUCAAGGAAGUCAACUCCAAGUUACUAGAGAAGAAUGAAAUUGUUCAAUACUUCAUCAAGAGAAAUGGACAAUUAUCAACUGAGAUUCGGGAAGAAGAGACCAACAUCAAAUUCUUCAAUCUGGAGUCAUCACUCGGUAUGAAAACACUAGAAUGCGAGCAAUUGUCCGAGGAGAAUCAAAAAUUGGCAGAGAAAGUCAGACUUUACGAAGAAGCCGUGAACCACAAAGGCAAAAUCGACGUUGGUGCCUUGCUAGUCGAAAAUUCUGAAUUGAAGCGCAAGCUUGAAAAUACAACUCACCCAGAUUUCGACUAUGGUGCACCUCCACACGAAGAACUUCAAAGUGAAACCACCUUUGUCAAUCCCGAAGGCCAAGUUUCAGAGUGGAAAGAAAAUCCCAAGAUUCAAGAAUACAUCGCCGAAACUGUUCGCUCUGCUCUUAGCCAACAGCGAAAAUCGAUGAAGCAUCUUUUCUUUGUCGGCCAACGUGUCCGUAACCGUUUCCUCGAGAGAAACUCCGCAUACGAUCCCAAAGCCAAGGAACGCAACGCUAUCUACGAACUGGGUAAUUCGAGUGUUUACAAUGGACGACCUAUUACUGAUGCCACUCUCUUCUCUCAUGUUCCGGGUAUUGCAUUCGAGAAACGUACAGAUGAGGAAACUUUCAAGGAAUUGUACUGGGCAAGCUGGCAAACCGUCCUUCGUCUCCAAGAUUGCGCCGAAUUUAUUGAAAUGCUCCGCUGGCAUUCAUCUGUCAAGGCCUGGCGCAAAUCAGACUACAUGGAAACCGAAUUUUUCAAAACCUGGACCAAGAACAUCGACACAACAUUCGAGGACAUGGAUCUUGACGCCGUGCGCGAAUAUUGCGGAAACAUUACCCGUAAGAAGCUCAAGGCAUGUUAUCUCGAUGAGAAAAGAAGAAACAUGAAGGUUAGACGCAGCGUGGGAUUGGGAUCAGGCAAUGGUAAGUCUGAUUAUCUUCCUUGUGCUUGUGAUUGUGGAGAACAGCUUCAGGUUCCACUUGAAACUAUUGUUGCGAAAGUAGCAAAGUCCACUCGGGUAUCGAGAUUGCCCGGGAUGGAAUUUUUUGCAGACGGGAUGGGGAUGAGAAUGGAAGGAGGUAUCGUGAAGAGUGUGAUUAGGUGGACCAUGUUGGCGUUGAUUAUGCUUUGUCAAUUCAUGCUCUGGAUAGUGUGGUGGGUGGAGCAAAAUGACUGGAUUAGUUCCGGUUUGGAAGAUUUGCUGGACGUGGAUUUUGAGAUUGAUCUCGAAUGGUGUGGAAUGGGAAUAUUGGAUUUGGAGAUGGAAGAUAUUUUGGUGUGUGUGAGAACUGGGUUGAUGUUGGGGUGGUUGGCGGGUGAGUGUGCAGCGCUUACUGCACAGCGUCGAGGUUGGAAUUGGAACUGGAAUUCCCCACGCGUUGAAAGAUCCUUACGCAGUUUGUGCUUUUGGAAAUGA